GUGCCAGCGACCUGCCCGUGUGACUCAGGCCCUCGGCCCUCUGGCGCAGCCGGGCUGCAUUCCCGGGAGGGGGCGCGGGCGGACCCGGUGUUAUUCGGUCCUCCGGGCCCGAGGCGGCGGCAGCGAGCGGCCCCGCGGGUUGCACGGCGGCGACGGCGGCCCGGCGGGUUACGAUGUAGCGGCGCUGGAAGUCAGGUGGGAUGCUAUGGAAUAUGAUGAGAAGCUGGCCCGGUUCCGGCAGGCCCAUCUCAACCCCUUCAAUAAGCAGCUUGGGCGGAGGCAGCAUGAGCAGGGGUCCAGUGAGGAGGCUCGGGACACUCCUUCUGAAGAGAUCCUGCCUGAAUUGUCCCCUGGGGAGCCUGAGUUCCACUGCUCUGAGCGCAUGAUGGAUCUUGGCCUGUCUGAGGACCACUUCUCUCGCCCUGUGGGUCUUUUCCUGGCCUCUGAUGUUCAGCAGCUGCAACAGGCAAUUGAAGAAUGCAAGCAGGUGAUUCUGGAGCUGCCGGAGCAGUCCGAGAAGCAGAAAGAUGCCGUGGUGAGGCUCAUCCAUCUGCGGCUAAAGCUCCAGGAGCUAAAGGAUCCCAAUGAGGAUGAGCCUAAUAUCCGAGUCCUCCUUGAGCACCGCUUCUACAAGGAGAAGAGCAAGAGUGUCAAGCAAACCUGUGACAAGUGUAGCACCAUCAUCUGGGGCCUCAUCCAGACCUGGUACACGUGUACAGGGUGUUACUACCGCUGUCACAGCAAGUGCCUGAACCUCGUCUCCAAGCCUUGUGUGAGCUCCAAAGUCAGCCAUCAGGCCGAGUAUGAGCUGAACAUCUGUCCUGAGACAGGGCUGGACAGCCAGGAUUACCGCUGUGCAGAGUGCCGGGCUCCCAUCUCUCUUCGGGGUGUGCCCGGCGAGGCAAGGCAGUGUGAUUACACCGGCCAGUACUACUGCAGUCACUGCCACUGGAACGACCUAGCUGUCAUCCCUGCACGUGUUGUGCACAACUGGGAUUUUGAGCCACGCAAGGUUUCUCGUUGUAGCAUGCGCUACCUGGCACUGAUGGUAUCUCGCCCAGUGCUCCGGCUCCGGGAGAUCAACCCCCUGCUAUUCAACUACGUGGAGGAACUGGUGGAGAUCCGGAAGUUGCGCCAGGACAUCCUGCUCAUGAAGCCGUACUUCAUCACUUGCAAGGAGGCCAUGGAGGCACGUCUGCUGCUGCAGCUCCAGGACCGGCAGCAUUUUGUGGAGAACGAUGAGAUGUACUCAAUCCAGGACCUCUUGGAUGUGCACAUGGGCCGCCUUGGUUGUUCGCUUACUGAGAUCCACACACUUUUUGCCAAGCACAUCAAGCUGGACUGUGAGCGGUGUCAGGCGAAGGGCUUUGUGUGUGAGCUCUGCAGAGAAGGUGAUGUGCUGUUCCCAUUUGAUAGCCACACAUCUGUGUGCAUGGACUGCUCCUCGGUCUUCCACAGGGAUUGCUACUAUGACAAUUCAACUACUUGCCCUAAGUGUGCCCGGCUCAACCUGAGAAAGCAGUCGCUCUUCCAAGCAUCUGGUCCAGAUGUGGAUGCUUAGACUGCUAGGGAAGAAUGCUGGACUCUGUGCCUGCCCAUCUGGUUUCUGCUCUGUUGGCAUUGCCAGUCAGCUCUGGAGACUCCUUUCUGGUGCACCCCCUGGACCUCUUUACCAACCAGGCCAGAAGGGUAUGAGUGGUGCCUGCCAGGACUGCCACUCCCCAGGUGCCAGCUGGGACUUAAGGUGACUGUACCGCCUGUUACCUAGGUAUGCUGUUGUAAGUGGUCAUGCUGUGGCCCCUGUCCUUCCCCCAUUGUAGGAUGCCUUGAGCAAGGGAGCCCAGGUGUGACUCCUACUCCCUCGUGGUACUGAACACUCCAGGCUUCUAGAUCCUAUAGAUGUCCCUGCUCAUGUUCAGGUUACCCUAGCAACUGAUUAGGCCAAGAACCUCAGAGAGUAGCCAGUGAUACUUGAGGAUGCUGGCUCCAUACAUCUAGCCUCAUCUGUUGCCAUAAACAAUUUAGGUUUAUCUACAGGCCCCCUUCCUUCUCAGUACCUUCUCUCUUUGGGGUCAUCUGGUUGUCUAUGAAUGGGCUAUUCAUGGUGGUAUCCCAUGGACCUCUCCAACCUCCUGAGGCUCAUAGGCAGUCAGUGAGGUUCCGUGCACAGUGGGCAGGGAAACGGGCUGUGGAACUUCUCCCUGAAGGGUUAUCUGCUGCUGUUUCUGCCCUUGCCUAGCCCACCUUAUUCUGGUGCUUUGAGCUAGGUAGCUAUGGGCUGAGCCCAAGGAAAAUGUCCUGGCUUCUAGGUUUGUAGCAGAAACAAAGCAUCCAGGGAGACUCUGGGUUAGGCAAACAAGUUGGUUACAAUAGGCCUGCAUAGCAGUUCUUGGGACUAAAUUUGCCCCUGAAACUCUGUUGGCUGCCACUAUGUCUAUGGAGGGCUCUCAGUGAUUUGGGGUUAACCUGCCAGUGACUUGGGUUGUAGGCCCAAGGUCAAGCAUUGAGCUCCAGGCAGGAGGCUUAUAGCUUGUGAAGGAAGAUCUGGGUCUGGAAAGUGGGCAAGAUCUACAGUUCUUCAGCAGGGGCCACACUCAGGCUCCAUGUACCCUACAAAUUCUGUAACUGAGGUUGUACUCUAUCAGGGGAUGUCUGUGGAUAAGGCUUCUGUUUUUCCUCCUUGUGAAGGAAGGGUCACUGUCCCUUUCCUACUUGUCGUGUGUGUGGGGUAUGGGUGUGGAAAGCCACACUUGGGUGUCUAGAGGGCACUGAGUGUCGCUGCUUAGAUGUCUCUCACCUUUGACAGAGCCUGAGAGGAUAACUCAAUCAGCAGACACAGCUUAGCUUGCCAACCUAUUUAAGGGGUAGACGAAUACUGCGCCUCUCCUUUGCCCCUUGUGCCAUGAGAUGGCUUUAGGCAAUGCUCUUGCUGUCUUUUGUCAGUUUCCCCACGGGAAAUUGGGGAGAGUGGUAUUGACCUACCUCAAGGUGAAAUAGUAAAAAGUCCUUUAAGAAGUUUGAUAGGUCUGGAUGCUGGUAGCUCACACCUGUAAUCCUAGAUGAUCAUGAGGCUGAGAUCUGAGGAUCACAGGUUAAAGCCAU